AGUCAGUAGAUAGUUUACCGAGGUUGUGGGCAUGAGCCUACGCUACGCAGUGAACAUGCCGUGCGCGCCGUGUUUUGCGGACUGGACUGCGGCCAGCUGACGUGGUAUCAUCACCCCUCUAGGCGGUUAAGGCAGCAGCGCGACGCGCGACACUAGCGUCGGUCGUCUCGUUUUUUCGUUGAUGAUGAAGCCGGAAAAACAGUGGGGGCGGCUGGAUUUCCCUCAACCGCCGCAGCCGCAACGACGGUCGCAAGAGGAGCAGCGGCAGCAGCAGCAGAAACAACCGCAGCAGCAAAGGCAGGAGCAGACGCAGCGGGAGCAGCAGACGCAGCGGGAGCAGCAUUCUCCGCGGCUGGAGCAUCUUGAGCGGGGCGCAUAUGACGGGCGGCAUCCCCGCCACCAUAGGCCACAAAGGCAGCACCAGCAGCAACCACAGCAGUUUCAGCCGCAGCAUCAGCAGCAGCAGCAGCAGCAGCAGCCGCAGCAGCAAUUUCAGUCGCAGCGUCAGCGGCAGCAGCAGCAUCUUGACCCGAGCGCACAUGACGGGGGCGGACAGCAUCCUCGCCAGCAGCAAUCGCAGCAAUCGCAGCAGUCGCAGGUGCGUCGUCCACCCCUUCGCGAACGCCUUCGCGAGCUCUCGCGACGGAUUCGCGAAGCGGCGCGCGAGGGCCAGCGCGCGGAGGGCGGGCGCAGGCGCAGGCGCGCGGAGGAGGAGGUCGACGCGCUCAUGGCGGAAUACCGCGCGCUGGGCGGCGCGCCUGCCACGUGGAUGUACGCGGCGCGGAUCCAGCUGUGCCUGGUGAAGGGUGCCACGUGGCGCCGACUCGGGAGGGGGAGGUUUGAGCUGGCGGAGGCGGAACCAGCGCGGAAGCUUCUGGAUGGGGGCGCAACGGAGGAACGCGAGGGGGAAGCGGGAGAAGGGGAGGGGGAAGCGGGAGAAGGGGAGGGGGAAGCGGAAGGGGCAGCAGUAGGGGGAGGGCGAGUGGGAGCGGAAGGGGGAGGUGUCAUUCAGGGGAGGUCAGCAGCAGCAGAUGCCACCGCCUCUACGUCAGCGAGGCAGCGAGUAGCAUCGAGACAGCUGGCGCGUGCACGUGUGCUGUGGGAGGAGAUGCGGGGGCGCGGCCUGCAAGCGGACAAAUAUGCCGCCUCCGCAAUGAUUGCGGUGUGUGGGCGGGCGGGCAGGGCAGAUGAAGCCGAGAGAGUGAUGGCAGGGAUGACGCUGGGGGAGGCUGGGUUGGGGGAGGCUGGGCUGGGGGAGGUGGUGCUGGGGAAGGGGUUUUCUGAUGGUGGCGCUGCUGACAAUGCAGCCAGCAAUGGGUUCAAGGACGCGGUGGUGUGGAACGCUCUGUCUGACAGUAAGGUCAACGGGGUCAGCAGGGUCAGUGGGGUCAACCAUGCAGCGAGCAAUGGGUUGAACGAUGUGGUGGUGUGGAAUGCCCUGGCCGAUGCGUGGAGCCACAGCGGGCAUGCCAUGCGAGCGGAGGAGGUGCUCCGGCGGAUGAAACAGGCUCGGUGCUCGCCCAACCUGCGGAGCUACAACAUCGUUCUCAAUGCUUACGCCAAGAGCAUCACACCGGCCACUGGCUAUGGCUACGCUGGGAGAGACUUUGAAGCCGACGAUGCCAACGCCGGCGCCGAUGCCCGACACCAUGCCGCUUCUCCAUCCGUGCCCUCGGGGCUCAACGCCUCUGAGACCAUCCAUCGCAUGCGCCAGCUCAUCACCUGCAUGCCAGGACAAGAAUUGCCACCCAGGCCCAAUGCCGCCCGCAGCACGUCCAGGCAGGACGACUGUGGUUCCGAAACCGCUUCUGGUGUUGUAACUCUAGCUACUGUCACCCCUGAUAUAGUCACAUUCAACACGUUGCUGGAUGCGUGUGCCCGUGCUGCGGAUGCUGAUGCUGCACUGGACACGUGGCACCGGAUGAUUGGUGCAGGCAUCACUCCGUCCGAGGCCUCCAUCUCCUCUCUCACUGCCGCCUUCCGCCUCGCCCCCUCUCUGCCCGUCGACCUCCUCUCCGCCAUGGCGCCCGCUCUGCUCCCUCCACGUCAGCAUUUGAUGCCGACAGAUCAGCAUCAGCAUCACCGUCAGAAGCAAACACAGCAGCAGCAGCAGCAGCAGCAGCAGCAGCAGAAUCCGAGUCCGCAACAGCAGCAGCAGUGCUCUCCUCCCACUCCUCCUGCCUCCACCCCCUCUCGCUCGUCCCCCUCGGCCCACCAAUCCUUCCGUGCACAUGUGAAUAGUCCUGGCCUUGUAGCAGGCGGUGCAGCAGCAGCAGCUGUGAGUGGGGAAUCGGGGGGUUUAGAGCCUGUUAACGCUGUUGCGCCUGUUGAUGCUGCUGCAACUGCUGCUGCUGUUGAGGCAGAUAUUCCACCUCACGCCUCUGCUGACCCUAAGAAUUCUCAAGAACAAAACGCUGCUGCAGCUGUUGAGGCAGAUAUUCCACGUCACGCCUUCACUGAUCCUGAAAAUGCUGCCACUCCUGCCUCUGUACAGUCUCAGACCAUCGGGUCACAACCUGUGGUACAAUUUCAGCGCAUUAGCGCACACUCUAUUGUACAGUCACGUCAAGUAGGAUCACAAGCGAUUGUAGAGUCACAGUCAAACCCCGCCCUAGAAUCCCGGAGCACGGACCACUCACAGCCUAGGCUUGGCACGUGGCUGGAGCAGUGGCUCGGCAGAGUAGCGUCGGCUGUACAGGCACGGGCAGACUUGGGGAUGGGUGGAGCCGGAGGGGCUACAGGUGACGUCAGCAACAGAGGGGGUCGAGUGGAGGAUGAUGUCAGCAGGAGAGGGGAGAUGGUGGGAGUGGGUGGCUGUUCUGGCACGGGAAAUCUCCAGAUGGAAGGGGGAACAGCAGCAACUAGAGGAGUGAGAGUAGGAGGGGAGGGAGGAGAGUUGGGAGGAGAGAUUGGUGGUGGGAGGGAAGGAGCAAGGGAAGGAGCAAGGGCAGGAGCGAGGGGUGAAUGUGAAUUGAGAUCCGGGGAGUGGGAGAGCAUGGGAAUGACUCUGGACCUCCAUGGUUUGUCGGCCAUGCAGAGCCGCAUGCUACUCAUGGACGCCCUCCUCUCUCCCUCACUCCCUCCCUCACUCCCUCACUCACCCCCUGUCCCCUCCUCUCACUCCCAUCCUUACUCCCACUCUCACUCACUGGCUUGCUCAGUCCCCUCUCCAUCACACAACCACGAGAUGCGCAGGGGGGAUCAGAUACAGCCCGCCCCAGGUGCGCCUCAGAAGAGGGUUCAGGUACCCGUGGCUCGUGCAGGCCUUGUCCAGAUGCACCCCCCCUGGGGUCACCGAGUUAGCCUGGCAGCUACAGAUCAGGCGCAACAGUGCCAGGCGUCGGCCCUCUCUGUUCUUGAACCGCCUCAAAGAUUAGAUUCGGCGAAACAUGGCCCACGUUCUGCACUUUUCGCUCCUGAGGCGACUCAACGACCAGAUCUGGCGGAACAUGGCCCGGUGGCGGCGGCACAUCCCAAGGGCCUUGUCAUCAUCACUGGUGUUGGCAGGGGGCGCUCGCUCGUCCGAGAGGCUGUCAUGCAGCAGCUGUCGGGCCUCAGACUGCCAUAUGAGGCUGGUCGUGGCAGAAUCACGCUCCUUCCGGAAGCUCUUUCGGCCUUUCGAGCAUCAUACCAGGUACCACGUGCCAUUCAAGCGUGAUUCCAGGUACUGUACUGUGCACCAUAGUUGCGUUAUCUCAAGUACCACCUUAGCUAUCUUCCUUCCUUUUUAUAUAUCCUGCUUUCGGCAAGGGUACUCAAAACCGCGCAAACUAACUUUCUUGCGUCCCUCUUAUUUUGUUCGUUGGACGCCUCACACCCUCUGCUCCGUCCUUAUCGUCCGAAUUUGGCUCCACGUCCACGUUGCCGAUUCCCUUCCUACAAGUUUUUAUAACUUACGAUCUGCUGCUUUUUUCCAACUUACGACAUCUUUGUUCCCAAGGAGCGCCAGCGUGUGAAUGCAUGGAUGCAGCUAGCCAUUGGUCGAUAUGGCUCGGUGGCUGCUGGCAUUGGAGCCCUCUUUACAGUUCCGUUGCUACUACACCACUAUUCUAGUGAGUGGAAAUAAUUUCGUUGCACGGUCUAGAAAGACAACGUUUGUGAAUGCGCUAGUGUGAAGUACAAUAAAGAGGAAGAAAUUCUAACUUGGAUA